GAGGCCCCUCCGACCUGAAAGCAAGCCUAAGGACGCCAUGUGGGGGGCUCUGACGUCCCUGUCUUCGCUGCCGCCACCUCUGCUGCUGCUGCUGCUGGUGCUGGGGUGCGGGCUGAGGGCGGCCGCCAGCGGUGGAGCCGCCGGGGCAGCGGGCUACCCGCCGGUGCAGUACGUGCAGCCCAUGCACAAAGGACCCGUGGGGCCGCCCUUCCGCGAGGGCAAGGGCCAAUACCUGGAAAUGCCUCUACCGCUGUUGCCAAUGGACCUGAAAGGAGAGCCUGGUCCCCCAGGAAAACCCGGACCGCGGGGUCCCCCUGGCCCUCCUGGCUUCCCAGGAAAACCAGGCACUGGAAAACCAGGGCUACAUGGGCAGCCUGGACCCGCUGGCCCCCCUGGCUUCUCCCGGAUGGGCAAGGCUGGUCCCCCAGGGCUUCCAGGCAAGGUUGGCCCACCAGGGCAGCCGGGGCUUCGGGGGGAGCCAGGGAUACGAGGGGACCAGGGCCUCCGGGGGCCCCCAGGGCCCCCUGGCCUACCUGGGCCCUCAGGCAUUGCUGUCCCUGGAAAACCAGGUCCCCAGGGGGUGCCAGGGCCCCCAGGAUUUGGGGGGGAGCCAGGGCCCCAGGGAGAGCCUGGGCCCCCGGGUGAUCGAGGCCUCAAGGGCGAAAAUGGAGUGGGCCAACCAGGGCUUCCUGGAGCCCCAGGCCAGGGGGGUGCCCCCGGACCCCCUGGUCUCCCUGGUCCAGCUGGCUUGGGCAAACCAGGUUUGGAUGGGUUUCCUGGGGCCCCUGGAGAUAAGGGUGAGUCUGGGCCUCCUGGGCUGCCAGGACCCAGGGGGGAGCCAGGAGCUUUGGGCCCCAAAGGGCCCCCUGGGCUGGAUGGUAUGGGGGUACCAGGGUCAGCAGGGGUGCCAGGGCCACAGGGCCCACCAGGGGCCAAAGGGGAGCCAGGCACCCGGGGCCCUCCUGGCCUGAUAGGCCCCACUGGCUAUGGGAUACCAGGGCUGCCAGGUCCCAAGGGGGACAGGGGCCCAGCUGGGGUCCCGGGGCUCUUGGGGGACAGGGGCGAGCCAGGUGAGGAUGGGGAGCCGGGGGAACAGGGACCACAGGGCCUUGGGGGCCCCCCUGGACUUCCGGGGUCUGCAGGGCUACCUGGCCGACGUGGGCCCCCGGGGCCUAAGGGGGAGACGGGGCCUGGAGGACCCCCAGGAGUGCCUGGCAUUCGGGGUGACCAGGGGCCUAGUGGCCUGGCUGGGAAACCUGGGAUCCCAGGAGAGAGGGGGCUUCCAGGGGCUCAUGGACCUCCUGGACCGACUGGGCCCAAAGGCGAGCCAGGUUUCACGGGCCGCCCUGGAGGACCAGGGGUGGCAGGAGCCCUGGGGCAGAAGGGUGACUUGGGGCUCCCUGGGCAGCCUGGCCUGAGAGGCCCUUCUGGAAUCCCAGGACUCCAAGGUCCGGCUGGCCCUAUCGGGCCGCAGGGUCUACCAGGCCUGAAGGGUGAACCAGGCCUGCCGGGGGCCCCUGGAGAGGGGAAUGUGGGAGAACCUGGCAUGGCUGGGCCUACAGGGCCUCCUGGGGUCCCAGGUUCCCCAGGACUCACGGGCCCUCCUGGGCCUCCCGGACCUCCCGGGCCCCCUGGUGCACCUGGGGCCUUCGAUGAGACUGGCAUCGCUGGCCUGCACCUGCCCAAUGGCGGCGUGCAGGGAGCUGUGCUGGGCAAGGGGACCAAGCCCCGGUUUGGGCUGGGCGAGCUGUCGGUCCAUGCCACGCCCGCCUUCACCGCUGUGCUCACCUCGCCCUUCCCCGCCUCAGGCAUGCCUGUGAAGUUUGACCGGACCCUCUACAAUGGCCACAGUGGCUACAACCCGGCCACCGGCAUCUUCACCUGCCCCGUGGGCGGGGUCUACUACUUUGCUUACCAUGUGCACGUCAAGGGCACCAACGUGUGGGUGGCCCUGUACAAGAACAACGUGCCAGCCACCUACACCUAUGACGAGUACAAGAAGGGCUACCUGGACCAGGCGUCUGGGGGGGCCGUGCUCCAGCUGCGGCCCAACGACCAGGUCUGGGUGCAGAUGCCCUCGGACCAGGCCAAUGGCCUCUACUCCACCGAGUACAUCCACUCCUCCUUUUCAGGAUUCUUGCUGUGCCCCACAUAACCCAUGCUGCCCUGGCCUCCUCCUCUUUAGCGGUAGAGAGACCUUCUCACUUACAAAGAACCUCCAUUUAAAGAAAAAACCAAAGGCCAAACAGAGG